CCAGUAUGACAAAAACUGACCAAAGAGUAAAGAUAUAUACUUCCUCUGUGACCUGACCAUCAAAUAUGACGACAUUUAUCACUGAAUUUCAAACGAUGUACUGGCUUCGUAGUGUUGGACCAUGGUAAUAAUUAAAAUUGUUUUCUGUCUGCACCACCAAUCUUCUUUUAAUAUCUCCAUCUCCAGGGGUGAGGGCUCGUGGGGCGAGUGGCGACUGGGGCCGGGGGGAGGCGGUAUAAAUUCACGAUUUAUUCACACGAUUUAUUCACCAUUAAAAAUAGACAAUCUGUUGGAAAUUUGGAUCUAAAAAGACUAAAAACAGCCAAUGUAAAUGGGAGCUUUGUUAGAAAUUAAUUAGGGGUUUUGUCGGAAAUAUAAAUUUCCACCACUGCCGCCAGUCUCUAAAGGCCUGUUUACACAGGCAAUUUUUGCUGCGAUUUGGGGGAUGUGAAGUAGUGGAUGAGUUAUAAAUGUUCCACGUUACGAAAUCUCAUAACAACAUUACAUCAUUAAGUAAUCUACUCCUUCACAUCCUCCAAAUGGAGAAAAUCACAACUGAAAUCACACAGAUAAACAGGCCUUAAUGCACCUAGUAUAUUGAGCAUAGGCAUAUAGAAGUUGAUCCAACUCCUUGCAACAGACAUUCCAACCACUGUCCGGUAAAAUUUAGGGAGACUGCUGAGUGAAUUGAAAUCUAUAGUUCUUCUGGGAAAAAAUAACAAAAAUUAAGUCUUCUGAAAUGGCAUUUCCUGCUAAGUGAUCCUAUAAAUUGCCAUAAAGCAACUUCAAAAGUGGUCAAGACAGACUAUUAUGUUGCUAAAAACAGUAUAUUUAUAAUUUUUUAUGAUAUUUCCUGAAUAUUCUGAAAAAUCGGGAGAAUUUGAUAAAAAUCGGGAGAAUUUGAUAAAAAUCGGGAGACCGGGAGAUUGCAUGAAUUUUGGGGAGACUCCCGGUAAAAUUGGGAGAGUUGGAAUGUCUGUUGCAACCAGCCACCAUGUUCCUACCCAACCUUGUGCCCAGGGCCUUUGCACGGUUCAGAGGCUCAAAGGCAGUGGCGUAACUACUAGGGGCCCAACCUGGCCGAAACCAGGGGCCCUGGAGAAGCAACUUCUUAGGGGGCCCUUGACCUUGUCUAAUAUCAAAUAAUACAAAUAUUAUAUUUUAUGUGAAAAUAUGAUAUAUUUAUAUGUUUGUCUUAGAUGCAAAAAGCUCUAUAUAACACCAAUGUUCAAUUGUAACGAGUUUAUACUAUAAUUUUUAAAUCGACGUUAUUUGAUAGAAUUUUCAACAUGUCAAGUGAAAGUAUCGUUUAUGUUAUUUGAUAAUUAUUUUAAUGCACCUUACGUCCUCGCCUUGUGUUUCCUCGUGUUAUUAAUUAUUUGCCUACGAACUAACAAAAGGUAUGCAUUAUUUAUCUUUUUGACUUCAAAGUUUUAUUAAAAUUGAGAAAAUUAAUUUAAAAUAUCUUGAGUCGUAAUACAAUUUAGGUACCGCGCGAAUCUGGGUCCCUCGUAUUGAAAUUAGCGAAUUUGCAUGCAAAUUUGCCUAUGUUUCAGUAAGAUAACCUGAUAAAUCACGUCUUUCUUUUCACGACCGGAUGGUCAUCAAGAAAAGACUAUAUACGAGCGAUAAAAACAGAUUACCCGACAUCAGGACUGAAGCUCCUGAAACAAUAUAGUAAAGGUCUAAAGGACGUGAAAGCAAAGAGAAAUCUGAGGCUAUAGUGAUAAGCACUCUGGAAUUUCUUCUUUCACUUAUCAUCUGGGAAAAUAUUGUUACUGCACUUAAUCUUGCAUCUAAAGAUAUGCAAGCAUUUGAUAUGGAUCUUGACAAAUCAUCCUCCAAUCGGAAAGAGCACUAAAUUCAUGCAGAUAAAGAUCGAAAUAAGAAUGGGAAAAGAUUUUUAAAAAUCCACUAUCCUUGCUCUUAAGUUUGGACUUUCUGUUUCAUUUGUUGAAAAAAGAACAAGAAGGGUUCCCAGAUACUUUGACGAAGGGGCCACAGACAAGCUUAUCAUUAACGCAAAAACAAAAUUUCGUGUGGAACUGUUCUUUCCAACAAUUUAUACUAUUACUUUAAAGCUAGAAGAACGUUUCAAAAGCCAGCAUUGGAAGAUGGCAAGAAAAUAGGAAGUGCAGCUCGCGUAUAUAUACGUACUCAAGUAUUAUUUGUGAAAACGAAAUGACCAGCACCUAUUCCAAGUUGGUAUCAGCAAUAGUUAUUUUUCUUUCUCUGCCCGUUACUGUUGCCACUGCCGCUAAGCGAUCAUUUAGUAAACUUAAUAUUAUAAAAAACUAUUUAGGAUCCACAAUGGCAUAGGAAAGAUUUAAUGCACUUGUUGUAAUUUCUAUAUUGAAGUUGAAGAGGCAAAAAAGUUUGAAAUUUACAAAACGAUUGAUAUCUUUGAAGAGAAAACGACCGGAUCAACUAAAUUUAACAGUUAACUGAAACUGUGAAACAAUUUGGUUGCAAUUUAAAUUGUGUUUGCUUACACCUUGUCAGUGUAUUAAUUGUUAUGAACUAUAUGUUGUUGUUGCUGUUGCUGGUGCUGUUGCUGUUGCUGUUGCUUAUAAGCAAUAGAAAAUGGAGCUGGUUUUUUUACUGUGUUUACAUGCAGGGUUAUAAUUGAUGUAGUAAUAGUUAUAUUCAGUAGCUAUAAUAUACUCUUGCAAAUUUUGUUGCAGAAUUUGGUGCAAUAUUUGGACCUCGUGUUCCUCAUGUUCGUCCAAAAUCCAAUUCGUAGGGUUAGCAUUGUAAGAAAAUUCGGGGAAGAUGUAUAAUUAAGGGGCCCUCUAAACUACUUCAACCGGGGGCCCAUAACUGAAGAUUUACGCCACUGCUCAAAGGCCCUGGGUACGAGGUUGGUUCCUACCUGGGGCGCUUGAAAGAGAGGCUGUCACCCUGCAUCCCCAAAAACAUUCAAAAUGGCAGGCUGGUUUUAAAUAUAUUAGAGACCAGUGUGGAAAGUUUGUAUCACACAACCUGGAUAUCGCGUGCACAAAUAUGAUGCUUUCUAUAUAUUUACUAUUAAUUUUUUUGAAUCUCGGUUGUGCAAUUUCCAAACUUUCCAUUCAGAAUUACAGAGGUUCAGAUUUGGCUUCCACUACCGCUACCUAUCACAGGUUUUAUACACAUUUGGUUGGUUAAUCGGGUAGAAUAAAUGCAUCUGAUUGGUUAAAUGUAACAGUAGCUGUAGUGGAACUCAAAGUCUCUACCGGUAUUCUGGGGGGUGGGAACAUUGCUGCAUGCAGCUUGUAUGGCAGAUGGAAAUAGUUUUUUUGAUGAGUCAGACCUCUAUAUGGUAUAUAUAUAUUCUGUGGCCUUAGGCUAGGCCAUUGCCAGUAUAGAGCUUGUUAUUUCUCAGGUAAUGAUGAUUGCAUGAUCAAGGAUUAAAACUGAUAUUGUUGAUCUUCUCAGCAAUAAAACUGAUGAUAACAUAGAUGCAAGACCUAACCCUAUAGUUACCCAUACAUAUAAACCUAAUUAAUGCCAACAGUACUUCAUGUACUGAUUAAUGCCAACAGUAUACUUCAUGCCUGCAUGCAGAUUUUAUAUGUUUGUGGUAUUACAGUAAGCAUCAUGGUAUCCUGGAACCACCAAACAAACAAAACCCAGUAGCCUGGGGCAAAACAUUCCUACUGUACUUUACAAGAAAUCAAAGCUUCAACUCACAGAAGGAGGUUUUAACUGUUAAAAGGAUGUUCUGAUUUACCCACAUUAAUAUGGCCUGAAUAAAUGAGAACAAAUUUGAAGCUCAUUUGACUGUAAACCACCAGGACGAACAGGAUAGUCACUCAUGACAUGAGGAAAUUAAUGAAGAUGAAUCGAGAUCAAAAUGAAUCAAUUGACAUUAGAACAUGAUCGAGGACCGAACCAAUCAAGAGAUCUUAAGAAUUAAAUGGAACUAUGAAUAGGGCUGUACAUCAAUGAAGAGGAACGUACGUUAUCAGAAAUCGAAGUUCUAUGAUCCUUUUGCAUUCACCCACCAGCUUCACAGAUUCAGUUAUGACUAAAGUUUAGCAGACACAGUAGUAAAUAGUGAUAUAUCUUUAUGUUCCAAUGGCAACAACAACAUAAGAAUAUGCAAAUUUGUCACAGCACGGCACUAAGUGAAAAACAAUUCCAGGAUAACGGCAGCCACCUGAGUUCUAAUCUUCAGACAACUGAUGAUAAAGGGAGAAAUCAAAGUGUGGAAGCAGCUGAUCCAACUGAGAGUCAAUCAACAAGGUCCAAAGCCUUAUCCCCUCAUCGUCGUGGCAACACUGCUCUGGGGUAGAUAAUCCAGCAUACAUCACAACUCUAGCACAGUGGACCCAAAUGGCUGUCGGAACAAUAAAUUGCAAUUCUCUGAAGGAUUCAUUGAUGAUUUAAAUUUGCUCACAGAAGAAUGUUUAAAUGUUUAGGCAAGAUGAAGAUGCCACACACAAUUCACAGAUUGCACUGUUAAGUAUUAACUGGAGUGACAGAAGAGAACUAAGGGAAUUGUGAAUGUCCUUAGAUUUGUGCGAAAGUUUUUAAAGGCCAACAAGUUAAAGGCCAAAAUUGAAAACGCUUGAUCUUAUGAAUAGUUGAACAGUUCCUGGACAGAAAAAAUGGAUCCAGCUGAAAUACGCUCACUGGAAAGUGUAAGUUUCACUUAACGGACAUCCGAAGUACAAUGACUGGAAAAGGCAAUUCGGCAUGUUCACUGGCAAGAAGGGGGUUAGUCUCUCCGUUGAGAGUCUUAGCUUGUGGAGGGGCUUGCUUCAUUUUUAAGACCUUUGAAAAGUGGAAGCCUGUUAUGUUAAGGGCCUGGCAAAAGUUGCUGCCCCUCCCCCCUAGUCCCCCAGCUUGACAAAUUUAAAUUCAUUUUACGCCAUUGUACAUGCAGCCCAAGGCCAAGACAUCAUGUCAUGAUCAUUAUCAUAUUCAUUUAGGAUUAGUCAGUUGUCAACAGACAAUCAAACAGUGGUCAACAUGAAUGAAGAAAAAAAUUUGCAAGUAAGAGAUGAGUUGAUUAGUUCAAAAUAUUUAAUAAUUAUAACUUAAGAAAGCGAAUUGCCUUGUUGAACAUAUUUAUUGAUUAUAAAUGGAUAGGUAAGUGCUGCAUUUUUCGCAGUCGUUCCUCGUCAGGUCUUAAAAUGUAUAUAAAUUAUACUCGCUUGGAUUACAAACCCUAACAUUCUAAUAUUAAUUCCACCAAGUGAAGUGCAAGAAACCAAAUCAUUGAAGUCCACCUUAUCACAACACGCACACCCGAUUACCUAUAUAUACAUGAACUUACGGUUACAGCUCAACAGCUGGCCUCUGUAGCUCAGUUGGUUAGAGCGCUGCACCGGAAUCGCAGGGCCGUAGGUUCAAUUCCUACCAGAGGACCUUGUGCUGCAUUUUUCGCGGCUCAGUUGGUUAGAGCGCUGCACCGGAAUCGCAGGGCCGUAGGUUCAAUUCCUACCAGAGGACCUUCUGCUGCAUUUUUCGCAGUCGUUCCUGGUCAGGUCUUAAAAUGUAUAUACUUCACUUGGAUUACAAACCCAAGCAUUCUAAUACAAAUGCUUCAGUCACGCUGUACUGUAUUUAAAACGCCCAAAGUGUGUUAAAUAGGGUCGCGCUGUGUUUAAAAUCCUUUUUGAAAGCGUUCGCCAAUUGAUAUUCCUGUACAUAGACCUAGUACAGUAGUUCUAUUACUUACAUAUAAAUUUCAGGACGCUACUGAAAAUCACCUCGGCGAGUUAGGCUUCCUGUUUAAAUAUUAUUACAUCCAAAUUGACAGUCCAGUAAAUUCCAAAUUUAAUGAAAAACUUUUUAUUAAAUUUAUAUUCUUAAAAUCCUUUAUUGAGUACUAGUGAGUUUGGUUUAUAUACGAAUCUUGAUCUGAUGUUUUAGGGCAUUAGAAUAAACGUCAAACAAAAACGAUGUCGUAAAAAGAAGAAAAAGAAGAAGAGUAAGUGACAUACCAGUUCAAUAAAGUCGCGUUAUCGACACUUCAAAAACACCCUGGUUACAAAUUUAUUGGUUAAUCUAAAAUUAACACUGUUUCGGGUAUGUUCCCGGUUAAAUUUCCUGGUUAAUUUAACCACAGUCCUGGUUAAUUUGAUCACUAUUUAACCACGAUUCUAGGUUAAUUUAUGGUUGAACUAACCAGUUUAUGUUAGGUGGAUUAUUAACCAGAAUUUCUUGGUUAAUAGUCCACCUGACAUAAUCUGGUUAAUUGCACCAUAUGGCCUGGUUAAAUUAACCAGGAAUCCUGGUUAAAUUAGACACGAUAGUCAUAAUUUAACCAUUAGGUUACCCCAAACAUUGUUAAUUUUACAUUAACCAGGAAAAUGGCAAUGCACAGAUAGAGAUCUGCAAAUUUACCACUGGUUUAGAAAAGGACGCACAUGCACCCAUAAAGAUCGACUAGAACAACUGUAUAAAAACAUGACUAGGGUCGCCAAGAGGUUGUGCGGGACCCGGGGCAAAACUUUCCCAGGGGGCCUAUGACGUCAUAAUUAUAAAAUAGGAGAAGCAGUGUUUUACAUUAUAUUAUACUUUAUUGCAUAUUAUGCGGCACUGACGCAGCUAGGAUUUAUAUUCUUGGUUAAGCAAUCUUGUAUCAAGAAAAUUUAUGUGUCUCCGUUGCUUUGGGGGCCCCUUUUCAGCUGGGAGACCGGGGCAGUGCCCCCAACCACCAGCGUUUUAACAAUAUUGCCCCCGCUUUUUUCUAGAUUGAAUUUAAACUUAAUGCCAGCCACCUUAUAGAAAGUCUUGCUUGAUACUGAUAUGCCUGAAACCCCUUGUCCAAGCCCUGCCCCCGUAAGUAUUUGCCUGAAAUUUAUUUCUGCAAAAGACAAUUGAUUUGAAUGCUUUAUUAUCUUGUUGUAGGUGCGUUAAAAGUUGAAAAAAGAGCAGCAGCUCGUAUUGGGCAGAACUGUUUGUUCGUCUGUGGACUGGUCAGUCUGACUGUAGUUUAUACUUUGUAGAUAAUUCAAGGUGCGAUAAUUCACGUACUUAUACUGUACGUACCGGAGGUACGCCAAUAUUACGAUCCGGUACUUCUUUGUUUUCAGCCACGUAUCACGUAGGUACGCGGAACUGUUGCUAUCUGCCUACUUACUUUUUGCUGGUACCACAUGACCUUUCCUAGCCCAAGCAAUUCAAUACCGUAAUUUAGUUGGUAUAUCAUGUGUCUGAGUUUUCCUGGCAUGAAGUACGAUUGGACUGAUUCGUAUACCAGUCAGGUACGACUAAAAAUUUUGAAUUAUCGCACCCUGCAGGAUAUUAAUUAAGGUCCACGCACGUGCACCGGACGCGAUUCGGCAUCGCGACGCACAGGGACGCCGGAACUGGGGGGCAGGAGGAGUAGCCGCCCCCGUUGCCCUUUACCAGGAGGGGUAAGGGGGGCAAAGGUGCCCUUUCAAUUUAAAGGAUUGCCUUGGCGAAAUAGCGAAUUGACAGAAAUGUUAGUGCAAUUCUUUUACGAAUUUGCUUCAGAAAACGCAAGAAAUGCAGUCAUCGAGCUUCAAGAAUAGCACAAUCGCCUGGCGGAGAACCCCCUCACACCAUUAUCAUCCAAUAAAUAGAAAACAUGAUUAGGCGAAGUUCAACUCCUGAUAUAUGUUUUGCAAACGUCUCUUAGUAUGUCAAUUCAAAAGUGCCCUUUAACGAAAAUCUGCCUCCCUUUCCUCCCUUGCCUUCACAUCGUUCCGGCGUCCCUGGCGACGCGAAUUUUUAGUUUUUGAAAGUUAAUAAAACAGCCAGUGAGAGCAAAUUUUAAAAGAUAUGUAGACCAAAUAACUCAAAAUGUUAUAACGCUAGGAACUAGGAUCAAAGUUAUCGGUCAGUGAAAAUCGAAAAAUCGCGUCACGUUGUCGAAUCGCGUCCGGUGUGUCUGGACCUUUACAAUAAUAAACAGUAGCACGCCCAUGUAAAAUUACACGGAUUGCGUGAUACUGACAAAACAGAUGCAUGCACAGUAUUAAAUAUAUAUAAAACCAUUUUGCAUACUGGUUUACCUACUAAAAAUACUUGUUUCAGAGCACUCGUUCGAACCAAAUUGAACUGCAAACUGAAUUUGAAAAGUAAGUUUCAUCUGGUAUUAAUAGUAUACUGCAGAAUAAGUAUUGGACUCUAUGUUAGUUGCUCGUACUGUUGCAUUACAAUACAGCUCAAUGUAAUUGCAAAUGCAGGUUACAUAAAAGGGACACAUAUCUUUUGUUAAACGGUACAACUAAUACAUUAGCGAGGUUCAGAUUCGACUUCCACCACCGCUACUAUUAAGGGACAAUUGACCAAUCAGAUGCACGCGUUUCAUAUAUCCGAUUAACCAAUCAGAUGCGUUACUAAGCCAGUUAGAGGUAGCGGUUGUGGGAAUCAAAUCUGAACCUCUCUACUAUUCUUAAUCUUCGGCGCAUCCCACGUAUCGGUAUAUCCAGUUCUAUAGGAGAUAAAGAACUUUUUAUUGAAUAGAUUCGGGAAAAUCAAGAAAGUAAAAUUGAUGAGAAAUUUGAAAAGUGGAAAAUCGAGGCGUUAUGCAUUCAUACAGGUAAUUUGUCGAAAUCCCAGUGUGUUGAUGUUUUUCAUGCCAAGAGACGACAAUUACAACGGUUAUAAAGGUUUUUCGUCGUUCCAAAAACGUUCUAUCACAGCUCAUUCAGACUAAAUUGGAUACUUUUCCGCACACGUCGAAAACUGGACUCUGUAGCUCAGUUGGUUAGAACCGUUAGAGCGCUGCACCGCCAAUCGCAGGGUCGAUUCCUGUCAAAGGGGCUACAGACGUAUUGUUGCUCCUGGUUAGGUCUAAAUGUAUAAAAUUUACACCCAAUAUUUCCAUCUACAAAAUCCUUCAACAAAUUAAACUUCAGUGACAGUGUGGAUUUUCGGAGAACGCAGAAUACAAGAUGGAAUACUUUUAACUUAUAAGAAAUGCUUUUAACUUUUUUUGAAAGAAUGUAAUUUAAUUAUACUAUCGUACUACAGCUUGGACCUUGGUUUUUGAAGACCGUGAAAUACAGUGUAGAUCGUUGUAAAUAGUUUCACUGGAAUAAUUUAUAAGCAAUUUUUUUCACUGCGUAUCAUCGUAUAUCAUUGAAAAAUAAUAAUACUUACCAUUUAAAAUACUGAAACACUAGAAUAAUUACGUCACUUGUUUUCACUGCGAAUCUCGGUAUACCCAAAAAUAAACAUUGGACAGCUGAUUUAGAAAAGACGACGAGGCAAAUACGACGACGCAGUCUCAAUUUCAGUUCAAUAUUGAGAGCUAAGGAACUUGAUUACUGUAAUAAAUUGAAGCUUUUUAAAAUAUAACCUCACAAACGGCUAAGUUCAGGAAAAACGAUCCGGUGUUUGCUACAUAUGUAGGAGACAUAUUUUAUGUAACUCCUCCAACAUUGCAAGUAUUCACGUUGCUCCAGUGACGUGAAAUCUUUAGUUUAACUUUGGUUUCAGAAUGACAACUUUGAGGAUACCCCUGCAACCACAAGUUGUUCAAACUUUUUGUUUCGCAAAGAAUUUCUUUGUUUUCAAAGGCGCGUCUUUCAGUUCGCGUCGCGUUUUCUAAAUCAGUCUACUGUCAGAAAUGGAAGGGUGUUCUAUAAUGUUAAUCAAGUUCUCUGACAGGAAAUGAACGAUAAAAUAGCAGGCCACUCAACAUGCAACCAGUUUCCCAAAACUUUUCGACGCAAACUCCGGGAGACAGCUGAUAUACCGGACCAUAUGCCGUGGUAAAGAAACUUGUGUCUCUCUAUACAUUUUAUAGUAUGACGACCAUGAAUCGUUUGAUAGAGCUUACCAACAUUCGAGGAAAACAGAUGUACUCGUGGAUGGCGUAAAGGUACAUAAAGUAUAUUGUUAUCAUAGUUGAAAAUAGCGGGUGGAUACCACUACCCGUUCACGUUGGUUAACACUGAAGAGUAGUUAUACUUCUUCUAAUUUGCAGGUAUUGGUUGACCACACAAAGUGUAGUCAAAUCAGUGAACAUAGGACUCUAUAGUUCGUACAAUGAACGUCAUGAGACUUCAAAAUAUCAUGAUUUACAGAUUUAGUAUUUCAGUUUGUCGUUACCUGACGUUUGAUGCAUUGUAAAUACUGUAUAUCAAUAUACUGUAAUUAACAACAUUAUUUAUUACUGUAUAUAUGUUGGGAAACACCCGGAAAAGAAGGUUGGUUGCAUGACAGAUGACUUUGAUUGGUCGACAUUAUUUCUAAAGGUUGGCAAUUAUUUCUGAAGAAAUUGGGAUGAAGAAGUUGAUAACUGCUCACGGUGUUCUUGGUGAUACGGUACCUCAUCGAAGUUGAUUUAGCGAAUGAUUUACGAGUGUGACGGACUGGACCGUACUUCAGAAAACUCACAAAUAGCAUUCGUUUUCUUCGUGCUCCUUACACUUGUGAUAAGUAUUGUAUUUUAACCAGAUAAUGCACAACAUUUAUUUUGACAGUUUUUUAUUCAUAUACUUUGCUUUAAUAUUUAUUUGAAAAGAUAUAAUAAUACCCAAUGUCCAUGCUUAUGAAACAUGAAUAUUGUUCUGAAAAAUUGGUGGAAAUAACACACGAUUCGGCUCUUCCGGUCCAAACAACGAGUAGGUCUUCUGUGGUAUUUCUCGACCAUUUGCUUCCCUUGAGGAUUUGAAAAAGCUGGGUAAGCCAGUAAUAUUUGAGUACGGGCUUGACGCCGCAGCUUGCGCCCGAUUGUCAGGCUUCUCCGAGAACUUGAGGGGGACAUCAGUCAGGAGGUUUGGGUCGGAAUCUUUGAGGGUAUGACUACUUUUUGUCAUGUGUUGAUUCAUGUACUGAUUCUUUAAUUUCACUGAUGUGGAAACAACCGGAUUACGUAAUUGAUUGAAGGGUGUACUUGGUCUUUUUCGCUGUUCUAAUAUGACGUCAUUGUUCAAUCGGAAGUGACGGUUACCUUUUAAUUGGUCGUUAUGUUUGUCGGGAUUCCAUCGUGGUGGUACAUACUCUGGUACUUUCCAUACUGAAGGGGGAGGACUAGGAGGCUUACUGUCACUUAAGUCCGGGCUCGCUGAAGCUUUCUCUCGGUAUAAGGCAUCCCCAGCAGAAAUAACAUUCAAUGGGGUUACCACUGAAUCGUUUACAAUAACUGGAGUGACACUAGACUUGCGAUUAUUUGAUACUCUGUUUGUUGCUGUUAUCCACCCCUUUUGAGCGACAUGCGGUUUCUUUGACUUGGCC